GUCGAAGCUCUCUCCAAUCACGCCGCCUCAAUUGAUGACGAACCAGGCCAUCUCGACCAGCCAGCCUGACGAACGGCUUUGGAAAUCCACGCGAAACGGACGUCAACGCCCCCGAACGAGCCGGGACAUCCCGCACCACCAUCGACACCUUCACCUGCAGGCAAAGUCGCCAUAUCCAGCAGACGCCUAACCGUCCGUCCGUCCCCGAUCCAGGGCCCUGACCUUCCUCACCCCGACAGACCAACCCCCCCUCCUCCUACUCCUCUCCUCCCACCAAACAAUGUCGGCCACCCCCCGGUUCUGGGCCGGCCCUGCCCGCUACAUCCGCUGGGCCGCCCGCGAGAGGCCCGCCUACUUCUGGUCCGUCGUCGCCGGCGGCGCCGGCCCCGUUAUCCUGGCCGUCGUGCCGCCCAUCCGCAGGCUCGUCGGCGACGAGGACGCCCCCGUCAUCCCCAUGACGUACCCGAUACCCACCGGCCCGAGGAAGAAGCUUACGGGCUAUGGGGAUGAGACCGAAGAUGCGUGACGAUGAUGGAGGGACCGAAUUUAAAAUAUAAAAAAUAACACAAAAAAAACAUUCAACAGUCUCAUGGCAUGGAGGCCAGGGACAGGGCCAACACCAUCGGCGCAUUGCCGUAUGGUGGCCUAGACUGUACAUAUGAGGGCGGCAUCCCCCUUUUUAACUGCAUCUUGGAGCAAUGGAAAUCAAGUUCUUUUCUGCAAACAUGUUCCUUUUUCCUCAGUUCGCUAUGGCCGUGUGUUUUGCCCCCGUUUUUUUCAGACUCAGCUCUCUCACUUGUCAACAAACUCCU